AUGGACACCUGUGCGCAUCAGCUCAAAAACCGCUUGAACCGGUUCGUUCUGAGGACCGCGGGGUGGUACCAGGAUCAGAAACCAUUUUGGUUGAUGCGAUAUUUGUUCGCGAUUAAUGGGAUCAGUCUAGAGUUCAAGUGUGGUGGGUUUUGGAGGUUUAUUUGGACGGUUCACCGGAUGCUGCUCUGCCUACACGUGAUGAUCUUCCUCACCGAUCAGUUUGUGACCGCGUGUGCCGAAGAGAGAAGUUUUGGGAGGCGACUGUUCAACAUACACUUGAUAUUGGUUACGGUGGUCGUCAUGUUGAGGCAUCUCUGUAUGACGUUAAAAAUGACCAGUAUGGGAACUUUGAAAAAGUACUGUUUGGAAAAUGAGUUUCUAAGGCGUGAUGAAAAAGCUAUGGCGAUGAGGGAAAAAAUGUGGAAUCGUCUGAAGCGAAUGGAGCUGGGAAUGGUUUGCCAAGGCUCUGUUCAAUUCUUGAUUUUUGUGCUUACCGACGUGCAAGAAGCAAUUUCAAUGCAGUUCCCGUUUGAUUUUAGUGAUACCAGUGUUGUACUGCAGUUCAUGUGUAAAAAUCUAUACACUAUGUACUACGCGUGUUAUUGCUUAGCCAUAUCAAUGAAUUGCUACGUUCUUUUUGCAAUAAUGUUGUGUCUCAUCACUGAACUUAUGCUUGUCGUUGAUGCGUUCGGUUCAGUGUUCAAAGACUCGUUGCAACCGCGUCAGGAAUACAGGUUUGAUAUGACAAAGCAGGACAUCCUUAAUUUUUGGAAUGCACUCGAAGAGCACAUCCGGAAAUGCUGCCGACAACACGUGGAAUUCAUUGCAAUGAUUCGUGUGCUCAAUACAUUCACCAAAGAGACGUUUCUUCUGGUAUACGGUGCAGCUCUGGGCUUCACAGCAAUCGAAAUUUAUCAGAUCUUAUCAACCAAACAGAUUGGUUUCUACGAAUUUAUGAUCCUGCAGGAUACCGUAGUAUUCUACGUGGAAUUUUUCUGCUUUUGUUGGCUCGCCACUAAAUUGAAUGAUUUGAACAAUCAAAUUGCGAACCGUAUCUACGAGCAGGAGUGGCACAGUGAGAUGCAGUACUCGGAUGAUCUGCCGGAGCAGUAUCGAUCGGUUAAGCAGUCGCUCCUGAUUGUGAUGAUCAACGCCCAGCGCUCGCUCGGGGUCAGCGUUGGAGGGGUGUACGAGCUGUCGCUGGAGUUGAUGGUCGAGCUGCUGCACAACUCGUACUCCACGUUGAUGUUUCUGCUCGAGGUGACGAAAUAAGGCGGUAAGAUUUGUUUGUGAUAUAAUUGCUCGUAAAUAACAUGUAGGGGAACAGCAUCUAAUUCCAGCGUGCUCCAAUGUUGCCGUAUCAAAACUUUGACAUUCAAUUACAGCUAAGUAAAAACGUUUCAACUGAAAUCGAGUGAUAAACUAAUUUGAUUACCCCAGUUGAAAAAUACAGUUAAAAACAGAAAUCUAAAAAGCACAUUUCAGGGUUGCCAGGUCCAAACUUGAAAAUUCUGGUCAAUUGCCGAUAAAAAAGUCGUGAAAAAUUUGCAAGUAAAAAUACACCAUUUAAAAAUAAGAUAGAAGAAACGAUAAUUUUGUUUGUAAACAAUAAGGAAUUUGUCCUGUAUCUGUUUUUUUUUUUAAAUAAGCCAUUUGAAAUUAAAAUGUGUUUCAUAAGCUAUUAAGAAAAUAACUAAAUUGAAGAAAUAUUUAGAUCGGAACGAUUAAAAAAGACUAAGGACUAAAAAUGCACAAUAUUCAAUUCAUUAAUGCCAUAAUUAAAGCAAAAUUAUUGGGAAUAUAUUCCAAAAUUCACGACAAACCUCAUGUCCAAUAAAAAUGUCUGAAAAAUCAGUGGACAAAAAUAGCAAAGACAAAUC